GCGAAUUUCACUCGCGGGAUCUACGAUGGCGGCGGGUAGUGGUUGUCAGGGUGUCGGAAUGAGACAAUCAUCGGACAUAUGGUAUAACCAUAGAAUGUAUUCUAGAUUUUGGCAGCAUUACCAACAAGCUAUGGGAUGGCUGCAGAAACAUAAAAGGGCUUAUCGCAAGGCAGUCAGAUCAUUUGAGAAUUCACCCUGGUAUAACACAGAAUCUACAGCAAUUCGCUUUACUGACUGGGAUCAUGGUUCAUCGUGCUAUUCUUCAAGACAUGCUUGGCAAGAUGAUCCCAGUCAAAGCAAAUGGCAGCAGUGCCCGUGCAGCUCAGAUAAUGAAGAGGAAAAUUUAGAGGAUGAAACUGAUAUAAAUUCUGACACAGAAGAGGAAAGUGACACAGAGAAUGAAUUAGAAUGUGAUGUCAGCAAUGUGGAAAUAACUGAAGAAUUGCGUCAGUAUUUCGAACAAACAGAAAAGCACAGAGAGGAGUUAAAGCGACAACAGCAGUUUGAUGCCGAACAGCAGAUGACCUAUGUGUUGGCCGACCGGGAUUUUCACAAUGCUUCAGGGAGGACAAUCCAGCCACCUGCAGAAAGGCCUGGUGAAAGGAGAAUGGUUGAGAUGAAGAGAUUAUAUGGAGAUGGUGCUGCUAAAAUCCAAGGAAUGGAAACUGCAAUGCAACUCUCUUUUGAUAGACAGUGUGAUAAAAAGCAGCCAAAAUAUUGGCCUGUAAUUCCUCUUAAGUUUUGAUGGCAUGCUCUUAUAAAAACUUACUGAUUUUGUGUAGCCAGUUAUUUCUACAUUGAAUUUUUAGCACAGUUUUUACUUUAUGAUCCUCAUUUAUGUCUUAGUAAACAUUGUAUCUUUUAUUAUUACCAACUAAGAUGUUUUUCUAUGAAAGCCUCUAAUUCUGCACUAACCCAGCAAUGUUAUCAAGGUCAGUAGGUCAACAUCCAGAAGAACAUUAUGGUCUAUUUGUUUAUUUUACCAGGCUUGUAAAACUUAGCCUUUCCUAAUCUUGGCUCAUCUCCCUACACUAUCACUUGAGAUAGAACUUAAUCGCUGCAUCCUUUCUAUAGUUUUCAAUGCUCCCAAAUCAUUUACAAUAAUUUAAUUGAAAAUUGAUGCAAUCAUAAGAGAAGGUAAAAUAUGGGUAAGAUGGUGUUGGGAAGUGCUGGAACAAAAUCACUGAAAGCUUGCUUCGUGAAAGGUGGAUAUAAAAGAACAAGGAAUAGACCAUUGAGAGAGAUGAAGGGCUCAAGAAGAGAUGUGAAGAAAGUGCCUACCACCAAGGUAGGGUGGAUCAAGGCUGCAUUGACAUAUAACUGUGAUAAAAAGAAGUUGAUUUAUGUUUAUAUGAGGAGUUUAUGGAGCCUGGCAAUAAUUAGAUAAUGGAAGAACUACCUUUACGUGGGUGCACCAGCAGCACUUUGGAUGAAUUGCAGUAGUAGAAUGUGCAUGAGGAAAAUGAAAACAUUUGGAAUCAAGCAUUGGAAGAAUCUAGUGAUGACAAAAGUGGAGAUAAAAAACAUUCAGCUCUGGGGGCAGUUGUUUGCUGGCAAUGGACACUGGGAGACAGCAACAUGAAAGUAGAAGUAUAAAUAAUGUAAUUGCCUUGGAUAUCGGGUAAUCUAUUUCAUAUUACGUGUUACAAAUUCCUGUAUUUGCAAAGGACAUUGAGAGAAUGUAUGUUCACUUACAGGCAAGCUGAGAGAAAGUAGACGGAAUAUUAACUGGACAUAUUUGCACAUUUUCAAAUGAGGCACUGCUGAAACAGAAUUUCUUAUAACUUUCGUGCAGGGAAUGUAGUUGAAGGAAAACAAGCGAAAGCAGCUGCUUUUAAAAAGUAAUAUCGGAAAAGAAUGUUGACCUCAUAUCCUGCAUUGUGAUGCAAGUGAUCUAAGGAUUUAAAUGUAUGUAAGUGGUCACUGACCAGCACCAUUCUGCAAAGUGUGAAGACACAGCUUGAGAGAUGAAUGGGCAUGCGCUCCUAAGCAGAUAGUUUCAUUGCCAUGGAAAUGUUUGAGCACAAUUUAUUCUGCAUUGGAUUACAGCACAAAGAAAUCUUUUCACACUUGGAUUGCUUAAAGAAUAAAAUUGACUAUAACAUUUUGUGUUGGUACAGGGAGUAGGUUACCUCAAUGUCAACAAUGCUUCUCAAUUCCUAGUAUGUUAGAGAAUUCUUCACUUAAUCUCUCUUAAUUUUGUUGUAUAGCUGAAAUUACCUGGAAGGAACCAUCACCCCCGAAGUUCAAUAAUUUGAAGAAAGGGUUGAACACAGAAAGUGUUCAGCAGUUUAUUUUAAUUCCAACUCUGCAAUUAGAAGACAUAAUUAGGGAGAAUUUUUAUUCAUUGCACUUUCUACAAAUAGAAAAUCUUCAGACAGCUGCAACAUUUUUUAUAUAAAAGAUUAUUUGCAAUGGGCAAGGGAAACUAUUCUCACCUAUAUUCAUAGAAAGAACUAGUAGCAUGUACUUCAUUGUCACUGAAAAGAAUGAUUAAAAAUUCCUGCAGAGAUGCUUAAGCAGCAUUACCACAUACUAAUAUUUCCUGCAAUGAUUUAGCCUUGGUUAAAAAUGUCAACAUUAAAAAUUAAUUAGCUGAGGUGAUGGAAAUUGUGGAUUUUAUUUGAAAAGUAAUACUUUUAGUAAUGUAAUAUUGUUUUAUCAUAGACCACCUCUACAUAUUAAAAUGUGGGUUUGUGCAAGUAGU